AUGGAAUCCACAAGAGUUUUUGGAGCAAAACUUGGAUUUAAACUCUCUAUCCGGUCUCAGGCGAAUGUAUUGUCGUCAUGCAAACCCUUUCGUUUCCCGCCAACGUCAUUUCCCGGCAAGCCUCCCAAGCUUGUUCCUUUGAAAGCCACUACUAACACUCUGGCUUGUGAAGAUGAAAAUAAUCGCAAGUUCAAGAAGAUGGAGCCUUCAGAGUGGGGUCAUCAAUUCAUCGAUGCCCAUGUUGAUCUCGCUGAAAUGGAUUCGCUUGGUAGAGAAAUUGAAGCACUAAAGCCAAAAGUGGGGGACAUGUUCUUGUCUUCCAGUGACGUUGAUUCAACCAAGAAGAAUAUCCUUUUCAUCUAUUUGCUCAUGAGCCUUGGUGUCGCAUAUCAUUUCGAAGCUGAGAUAGAGGAGAAUCUUAAAGAGGGACUUAAAAGGAUGGAAGAGAUGUUGUCUGGUGAAGAUGAUUUGUACACAGUUUCCAUCAUCUUUUGGGUUUUCAGAUCAUAUGGUCACAACCUUUCUCCCGAUGUUUUUAAGAGAUUCAAAGGGGAAAAUGGAAACUUCAAAGAAUGUCUUGCGGAGGAUACGAAGGGUAUCUUAAGCUUGUAUGAAGCUGCUCAGAUGGGAACAAUGACAGAAUAUAUAUUGGACGAAGCCUUGAGCUUUGUAUUGAGUUACUUAGAGCCGCUAGUUGCAAGUGGGACAUGCCAACCUCAUCUCUCCAGGCGUAUAGAAAAAGCUCUGGGACAACCGCAACAUAGGAACAUGGAGAUAUUAGUUGCAAUGGAAUAUAUCCGGUUCUACGAACAAGAAGAAGACUAUGACAAGACGCUACUAAUGUUUGACAAGCUUAACUUCAAAUACCUUCAGCUACAUUACCUUCAAGAACUCAAAGGCCUCUCAAAAUGGUACAAGGAGAAAGACUUCGAAUCUAACUUACCACCUUACUACAGAGACAGAUUUGUGGAAAUGCACGUCGUUGCGCUAGCAUACUUAGAGCCAAAUCACUCACGUUUGAGGAUUAUGCUAACUAAGAUGUUCGUGCUUCAAAUAAUUCUUGAUGACACAUGUGACAGAUAUGCUUCUCUUCGUGAAGUUGAAAGCCUCGCUAAUGCAAUCGAAAGGUUAACAAUUAUGGGACAAGAUUAUUCAUACAGCCAGCCUUCGUCAUCAUCAGAGUCGAUUGACAUUACCUCCCUUCUACAAGAAGAAGCGGACUUGUAUGCAGAUGAAGGACUAGCUUCAAAGGAGAGUGUCUCAAAGCAACACUGUCUUAACUAA